AUGAGUCGUGGUAGUGGAGGUGGCUACGAUCGUCACAUAACCAUUUUCUCUCCGGAAGGUCGUCUUUUUCAAGUCGAGUAUGCGUUCAAGGCUGUGAAGGCAGCUGGAAUAACCUCGAUUGGUGUGCGUGGGAAGGACUCGGACAAGCUUUUGGAUCAGACUAGUGUGACCCAUUUGUUUUCUAUUACCAAGUACCUUGGACUGUUGGCUACUGGCACGACAGGUGUGUCUCCUUGA